AUGUAGGAAUCAGUCUUUGUUCAUCUUAAACAAUUCUUUUUACAAUUUGAUAUGUUUGGAUAACCACCCACGUUUAGAAUUUUAGGGAAAUAUAAAUAUAAUUCAACUCUUGGGGCAUUUUUGACAUUAGGAACUAUAUUCUUUGCUCUAGCUUAUUUAGCAGUUGGAAUCUAAGAAUUAAUAGCUAAAGAUUCUCCUAUUGUGAUUUUAUCUGAAAGACAAGUAGUUGAGACAUCAGUAUGUUUUUGAUAUAUUUAGCCAUUUUUUCUUGAUAGAAAUAACUUCACAUUAGCAAUUACUUUAGCUGAUCUUAAUAGCCAACCUUUAACAACUAUAAAUAAGUUUUUUACAAUUUAACUUAAAAAUUGUCAAACCACUAGAAUUUUAAAUGAGACCACUCAAGUUUCGAAUGUUACAAGAAAGUAAAUUAAAUAUUAAAUUAGUUGCACUAUAAUCCCUUUGGAAGCAUGUACAAAAGAACAUUUUUUAUCGCAAACCUAAAUUGACUAUUUUUCAAAAAUUAGAUUAGGGUCUGUUUAAUGCAUCUAAAAAGAUUAUUGGGAUACCCAUCCACCUGUAUGAACAGUUAUUUUAUUCUAAAAUUAGGUAUUACAAGGAAUUAAGACAAGUCAUAUUUAUUCUUCUUUGACAGUGACUGUUUCAGUCUGUAAGAACUCAACUAAUAAGACUGAUUGUGCACCAAUUGAAGAUAUUAAAAAAUAACUUAAUUCUGGAUUUUAUGCUGUUCAUUUAAGUGAUUCAUUAUUACAAAUGAAUAGAGCUGUUAAUAUGUCUUUAGAUAUCAUAAACAUUUAAUAUUAUACAUUUUCAAUUACUACUUCUAAGAAUAUAUUAUAGUAAUAUAAGAUGGUAGAAACUUAAACAGAUUCUGGAUUGGUAUUUUAAGAAAUAUCUGAUUAAUAAGUUUUGAUUUAAGAUUCUCUAAGAGAAUCCACAGACUUAUAUAAUAAUGAAUAUUUAGUAUUACACAAUAUAAAUUUAAGUUCAAAAUAUAGUGAAUACUAAAGAUCAUAUGUGAAAAUCUAAGCUAUUCUAAGUAGGGUGGGUGGUUUAUAUUAGAUGAUAUUUUUAAUAUUGGCUGCUUUUAUAAAGCCGUUAGUCCAAUUAAUGUUGGAUAUAGAUAUGGCAAAUGAAUUGUUUAAGUUUACUAUUAACAAUAAUAAAGAUAAAUCUAAUAUUUCUGAUGAUAAUAAAGUAAUUGAUGCAUUGGCUGGAAUAGUAAGAAGUAGAAGAAGACUAUUAUCUCCUAGAGAAACUGGAAGAUUAAAUAGUGAGCCUAAUUAAGAAGUUAUGAUUGUAAUAAUAAUUGUUUAUAAAUCAUUUUUAGAAUGAAAGUUUAAAUGCAAUUUUAAAAAAGAAAAAUCAAAUGGAUCCAACCAUUAAAUAAAUAUUAUGGAUAUAUAUUGGGUGUGAUAGAAAGAAGAAAAAAAUGUUAGAUAUGGCUAAAGAAAAAUAUAUGGAGAAAUUAGAUGUGAAAUUAAUAGUUUAGAAAUUAUAUGAAUUUGAUUAAUUAAGAGAUGUCAUAUUAACAGAAGAAUAAAAGAAAUUAUUCAAAUACCUGCCUAAACCAAAUAUUGCUGAAAAUUUAGAUCAAGCUAAAUGUUUAGAUUUUUAAAAAUAAAGUUAAUAAUUAUAAUCAAUUGCAAUAUAAGAAGCAUUUGAAGCAUAUGAAAAAGUUAUUUCUUAAGGAGGAAAAUCAGGUGUUAAUCUAAAAUUAAUUUAAUCUUUAGAUCCAGAAAUAUAAAUGCUUUUUUAAUCAAUUUAAAGGAGUUAAGCUAAUUAAAAUUAAUUCUUAAAUGAUAUUCCUUUGAAUUAAUCUAAAGUCAGAUUUGAUGUUGGUGAUCUAGCAGAUUGUUAAUCUAUCUAUUAGGAAUGCAACACUCUUCCUCAAAAAAUAUAUACUAAAAUUCCAAAGAGAAUGAAAAAGUAACAUGAAACAUAAUGA